UUCGAUGAAUUGGGGAGACUAGGGCAAGUUGACACAGGGUAACUAUAUUUUGAGUCGAAGGUUCAGAUACUAAAAAAGUACUUUUUCUAUAAUUUUGUUCUCUGGACAAAGAAAUAUUCAUAAAUCUCGUGUUUAUUUUAUACAAUUUACAAAAUGAAUUAAUGUUUUUUUUUCCCCAACAGAAACUAAAUUUUCUUUUUAAUCUUGCAGUUCCAUUAAGUGUUUUGUCCUUCAUAUUUAUUUAUUAAUUUUUAUUUUAUUUUUAUUUUUUUUAUUUUGCUUAAAAGACAUUAAACAGCAGCUAUAUAAUAGAGUAUCUAGUUGCAGGUUCCCACUGUGAGAAAUAAAACUUCAGCGUGUCAGUAUAAGUUCCCUAGGUAAUGAUGGAAAUGUUCAGUUGUCAGUCAAUUGUUAAAAAAAAAAGCUAUUAAAAAAUCUUUCUUUCUUGUCUUUGUUGCAGCUGUAGUGAAAUUUCUAUGGGUGGCGCAAUUACUCAGGGAUGCCGGUGAGCGCCUCAGCGACAAACUGAGAACUAAAUGUUGAGUGACUAAUGCUAAUUCAGAAACGUUCUAUUCAGUGUUUUUAUUUAGCACAUACGUUCUUCCUGUGAAAAAGACCUGUGAUGUAUGAAUCAACUUGGACUUUAUGGAAAAAUCCAGUAUCUUGUGGACUGUGCAAGUAACAGGUGAGUGAACGACCAUGUGAUUUACGUACGUUACUGGUGUAAUAAACUGUUUAACUCGUAGCUUCACAACAAUUGCCUGUGAGGAAAAAAAAAAGAUUUUACAUCUAUAUAUUUUUACCAGUUGUUAAGCUGUAAUCGCAAAACUUUACGACAAGAUUUUCACCUGUUCAUAACCGAUGUUUUGGUUACUGCACCAUUGACGGAAAAUUACAAUUUGCGUUGCGCGAGAAAAACUUUUAAAAAGUAUCAAUAAUAAUAACAGAAGUGAGCCCGAAACAAUAUAUAUCAAUUCUUAUAAAAAGCCAACCCCCCCCACCCAUAUUCUUUUAAUUCACUCUCUAUUCACUACUAUUGGUCUUUUGUAAGUUGGGCAAAAGAGUUGUUAAAAACAGGUUGGAAAUGGCAGGAAACACCAGGCGAGAUAUAGUAAUAAAGGAUCUGGGGUUACAGAGCGAGCGAGAGAGAGAAAGAAAGAGGUGCACAGGGAGGAGGGGGGAGACCUGUUACUGCUGUAGCAACUGCGCGCUUUCACUGCGCAAAAGCGCACAGAAAUGUUAUCUGCUUGAAUCAAAAUAGCAUUCUCUUGACUCGUUUUCUUAUCAAAGCUUUUUUUUUUCAAGACAAGAUGUAUUAAUUUUACUCUCUUAGCAUGUCUUUAGUAUUUACGAAGUUGAUCAGAAUCCUCUUUUGACAUAAGAGGACUCUGCGACUCCAUGCGCCUUUUCUUACAACUCACCGCCUAACAUUUAACGCCAUUUAAAUGUUUUGAGACUAGGGCUGCGAGGAUGUGGACGCUUCCGAGGACCCGGUUCGCGCACUGUAACGGCUCGUCGAGCAGCGACGAGAAAGAAAUCGCCGUAAACAUCGGCGGCGUGCGGCUGGUGCUGUGCGGAGACAUUCUGAACCGCUAUCCGGACAGCAGGCUCGCCGAACUAGUGAACUGCUCAACUCGGAGUUUUGAUGUCAUUUCCUCGCUCUGCGAUGAUUACGACCCUGGAAAACGAGAAUUCUACUUCGACAGAGAUCCCGACUCGUUUAAAUGCAUCGUGGAAGUGUAUUACUUUGGAGAGAUCCAUAUGAAGCGCGGAAUCUGUCCUAUUUGUUUUAUCAAAGAGAUGGAGUUUUGGAAGAUCGACUUGAGCUACUUGGACGAAUGCUGCAAGAGUGACUUGACUGAGAAGGAGGAAGAGUUGGCAGAGAUUGCAGACAAGGUGAAACUGAUCCUGGAUGAUCUGGACUGUGACCCUAACGUGAGCCGCACUGAAAGGUGGCAGAAGUUCCUCUGGAAGCUCAUGGAGAAACCGGAGUCCUCGCUCCCCGCGCGCGUAAUUGCCGUCGUGUCCUUCCUGUUCAUCCUAGUCUCAUCUUUGGUGAUGUGUCUCGGGACCAUACCGGACCUCCAGGUGGAGGAUUCCGAGGGGAACCGCGUUGAGCACCCGACCCUGGAUGCUAUCGAGACAGCGUGCAUCGGCUGGUUCACGGUAGAGUACGUGCUGCGCCUCGCAUCGUCCCCAAACAAGGUGCGCUUCGCGCUCUCCUUCAUGAACAUGAUAGACUUCUUGGCCAUCCUGCCGUUCUACGUGGUGCUGGUUCUCACGUACCUCGGCACGGCCAUGAUGGAGCUGGUCAACGUGCAGCAGGCGGUGCAGGCGCUCCGCAUCAUGCGCAUUGCGCGGAUCUUCAAGCUAGCGCGACAUUCUUCUGGCCUGCAGACGCUCACGUACGCGCUCAAACGGAGCUUCAAGGAGCUGGGGCUGCUCCUCAUGUACAUGGGAGUGGGCAUCUUCGUGUUCUCCGCGCUCGGGUACACCAUGGAGCAGAGCCACCCGGAGACGCUGUUCAGAAGCAUCCCGCAGUCCUUCUGGUGGGCCAUUAUCACCAUGACCACCGUCGGCUAUGGGGACAUCUACCCAAAAACCACCCUAGGCCGGUGCAACGCGGCCAUCAGCUUCCUGUGCGGGGUGAUCGCCAUAGCGCUGCCCAUCCACCCCAUCAUCAACAAUUUCGUCAUCUAUUACAACAAGCAGAAGGUGCUAGAAACCGCCGCCAAGCACGAGCUGGAACUCAUGGAGCUGCGCGCACUCGAGCUCGCGGUGGGAAGCUCCUCGCGCCGGUCUGACGCGCCCGGGAACGCGUGGGAAGGUGCCAUGCGCGCGUCGCGUAGCGAUACAUACAUUCCGCUCCUUUCGGGAGCGCACAGAACUGAGAGGGAGCCCGUGAAGAAGAAGAAAAGCCUGACUUAGGCCACAAGUGAAAGAAACUUGCAAAGCAGUUUACGUUUCACGAGAGCUUGUGUGAUUUUGAUCAUUGUGCGCUAUAAACUGCUGUGCUGCAGUGUGACCGUCAAGCUGCUUGUGGUGUUUUCACUGGACAUCAAAAGUCAGUUCCUCUUCAAAAGUGUUAUUUUGUCUUUAUUAAAUAAAGUGCAUGUCAAACUUC